CAGUACAGCCUCAAUCAACGCUUCAUCUAUCAAAAAACAUUCCACGUUCGAAUAAGAAAAGAAACCCAAAACAAUGUACUCUUUAUCUUCUGUAUCAAAACGCUUCGUUUUGGUCCAUAUCGUUACCGUGGUGGCCAUACAACUCCUCCAUACACGUAGCGUUUCAUCUGUAAACAUGACCAAUUCGUAUUUGCACCACAAAUGCAUCGAAAGUCAAGGGAAGUAUCAGCAUGGAAGUCAGUACGAAAAAAACCUCAAUGAAAUGAUCAAUGCCACCUCUAGCGGCAAUUUUCGCCAAGGUUACGAAUCGAUGACCAAUGGUGAGGGUACUCCUGAUAGCGUCACCUUCUUGUACCAGUGCCGCGGUGACAUCGACGGGCGCAUGUGCCGCUCAUGCUACGCCACAGCCAUCGCAGGGCUUCGUAGGAGAUGUCCGAGAAACAAAGGGAGUAUAAUAUGGUACGACCAAUGUCUUAUGGAGAUUUCUUCAGUUAGUACGGACGGGCAGGUCGAUUACGUCAACAAUAUCUCCACCAAUGAGAAGAACUUUGACGCCAACGGCCAGCCGUUUCUGUACGCUGCGGGGGAGAAAAGGCUCGGGACGAAGACGAUGUACGCGAUGCACAAAUGCCUCGUUAGUCAAGGUCACUACAAGCCGGGAAGUGUGUACGAGAAAAACCUCAAAUCCAUCAUCCAAUCCAUCACUUCGACUGGUCAAUUUCGCAGUGGUUACGAGCUGAUGUCCCUUGGUGAUGGUCCUGAUUUCAUCUCCGUCAUCAUUCAGUGUCGUGACGAUUCUUACGGACCCAAGUGCCGCUCGUGCUAUUCCACCGCUCUCUCUGAGCUUCGUAGGAGAUGUCCGAGAGAGAAAGGGGGAAUAAUAUGGUACGACCAAUGUCUUCUCGAGAUUUCUGGUAUCGAUACUAAAGGGAAGGUCGACUAUGAAAACAAUUUCUGUUUGUCCAACGCGAAGAAAGUGAGCGGCGAUCAAAGCUCAUUCCACUUAAAUUUGAUGUCUCUCAUCUCCAAUCUGACAAGUAUAGCAAUCAAUGAAACAAACUUAGACGGCGACCAACAUGCGCAAUACGCGGCGGGGGAGAGGAGGCUCGGGACCAAGAAUCUGUACGGAAUGGUGCAAUGUACGAAAGAUCUAUCGCUUAGGGGGUGUCAGACGUGUUUGGGAUAUCUUGCUUUGCAUUUUCAAAAUUGUUACGGUCGUAAACAAGGAGCGAGAGUUUUUGGUAGGAGCUGUAGUUUUAGGUUUGAGCUUUACCCUUUUGUUAGUACCAAGGCUGGUUCUAAAUAUUUGAAGGUCUAA